UAUAUAGAACCCCCCCGCGCCCGUUGUGUUUACUCAUACGCUUUCUGUUGUCUGUUCUCGAAGCUUACUUGCUCUCGAAACUUCCCUGCUUUUCAGUCGCUUUCUGCGUUCUCUAGGUCCACAAGAGCUCACUAAACAAGGUACAUGGUUGAUUCGGAAGUUCCGAUUCCCACUCCCUUUGAUCCAUUCGCUGAAGACAAAGAAUCGGAUGCUCCGGGAGCCAAAGGGUAUGUGCAUGUCAGGAUACAACAGAGGAAUGGAAAGAAGAGUCUGACCACCGUUCAAGGACUGAAGAAAGAGUACAGCUACGAGAAGAUCCUCAAGGACCUCAAGAAGGAGUUCUGCUGCAACGGCAACGUUGUGCAGGACAAGGAGCUGGGCAAGAUCAUUCAGCUUCAGGGUGAUCAGCGCAAGAACGUCUCUCAAUUCCUGGUCCAGGCCGGUCUGGUCAGGAAGGACCAGAUUAAGAUUCAUGGUUUUUAAACUUUGAGGUUCUGCUUACCGGUAGCUUGCGACAAUCAGGCGGGUGGGUUCGUUUCGUGUAUUUAUCUUUUUGUGUGUGAAGUUCGAUGAGUGAAUUUGAAAUAAUUAUAAGUGAUUUUUCUCAAGUUAUAGCGGAUGUAAUAUGGAUGGAUGUAGGAAGCCCACCUUGUGUUCAAUAAUAAUACAUUAUGAUACUAUCAUUUGGAGGAGA